CUUUUCCAAGUGCAGGUAUUUGAAGAUUGCAAAGCUCUGCUGUUUCUGCAAGAAGGAUGUAAAACCACAACCCAUGUCUAAUUUUUAUCUGACUUCUGUCUACUGCCCUUCACGGGUCAUGUCAACAAGACCUCGCUCGGACUUCAAGUAAUUUACCUGGAGAAAAACAUGUGCCCAGAUGUAUGAGACACAAUGGCACACAACUACUGGACAAACACACACAACACCUUCAGCUCUGCACUUAACAACAAGUUCAUCUGGAACAGCUGAGACAGUAGCUCUUGACAAGAUGAAGACCGUAAGUGCGUUGCUCGUAUCUCUACUGCUUCCCUUGGUCUCCGCUCAGACAUUUCGUUGGGGCCCCUGCCCAACACCGAUGGUCCAGCCAAACUUUGAAAUAAACAAGUACCUCGGAAAGUGGUAUGAGAUCGAAAAGCUCCCAGCAUUCUUUGAGAAAGGCAAGUGCAUUGAGGCGAACUACGCGCUAAGACCUGACAACACUGUCCAAGUGGUCAAUGUUCAGACAUACAAAGGAAAAAUAAGUAAAGCAGAGGGCACAGCAAUCACUCAGGACCCGAUGGAGCCAGCCAAGCUUGGAGUCAGUUUCUCCUACUUCACUCCCUACGCCCCAUACUGGGUCCUGUCUACUGACUACAGCAGUAUUGCACUUGUUUAUUCAUGCACUGAUGUUCUCCGGCUCUUCCAUGUGGACUUUGCCUGGAUCCUGUCACGCUCACGCAUUCUGCCCGCGGAGGCCAUCUACCAUGCCAAAGAAACCUUCUCACGUGACAACAUCGACGUGAGCAAAAUGUUUCCCACAGAUCAGGAAGGAUGCGAUAGUCCUCUUUAAACACUGAAGACUGAAAUAUAUAUUUUUGGUAUCUAUCACUAUUAUGGGUGAAAAUGGUUACGGUUAUCAUUAUAAAAUUUAUCUUUGCAUAAAAGUGUCUGAACCCAGCCAGCACAUAAUUAAACCUAAUGUGUAUAUGUAUGCUGUACAUCUUAAAAAAUAGUAAAUAAAACGCAUUGGAGAUUUUG